AUGGCCUCAUUAUUGCUCGGAAAUCCUGUCGCGCUGCCUUCCGAUCCCGAGGAUGUAAAAGGGAAGAAAAAAAAGAUUCCAAAAGUCGCGGGGUAUGUCGCUGGGGCCGCCUUCGCCAUUACAACCGGUCUUACCAUCCUCAUAAUACCUUAUGUCAGACAAGCCGCCAAGCUACAAAACACAACUCAAUUCCUGUCACAUCGUAAUCUGUCGCUCCUCGAUGCUCGCACGAAAGUACCACGAGCUGCACUUCUGGCUCCCAUUUCCACCCCAAAUACUGUCACUGUGCGUUCGAAUACCGGUACGAAGCCAUCGACAGUGUCAAGCUCGAAUGCGAAGCCAUCUUCAUCUACCUCCACAUCACCCUUGUCUAUACAUGAUCUCUCCAGUGUGUCGGAUACCCCCAUAGAUCCCUCGCUCCUCGCUGCUAGAUCUUUCAACGCUCGCGAAGAAAAGUCUUUGUAUGGUGCUCCAUUGACAUCUGCUGAUGGAGAGCCAUCUGCUCCUCAAGAACCUGUGUCUGGCUUUUUAGGGUUUCAAGCUUUAGGAAUAGCAACAGCGUUAGUCUUUGGUAGUGCAGGUCUGGGGGCGUUGAUAGUGGCUAAGCUGCUAGGUGUCCAAGAUAUGGCUGAAUUCAGUAGUAAAAUGCGAGAGACCCUCAACCUAUCCAUGCCUAAUUUGGUGCAAAAUGUCAAUCAACCUGGAAGAAGUACAGAUGGCUUUGACGGAGAGGCCAUAGAACAGUGGGUCGCUAAGCUGGAGAAAGAAGAUGAGGAAGAAGAAAACCGGCUUUUGUCCUCAUGA